AUGCUGGCCCAAGAUCUUCCCAAAUCGAUGAAAGCCGCUCAAGGUAAAAACUAUGGAGACAUUGAUGAGAUGCUGUCGGUCCAAGAAGGCGUUGCUGUACCGAAACUGGACGAUGAAUACAACCCCGUGGGGAAAAUCCAUCCCUUGAUCAAGUACGCGACCAGGCAAGAUCGCAAGACACACAUGAUUAUCAAGACGUUGGCAGUUGCCUUGGCUCCUGGUGAUUGCCGUGUUCUGUCGGGAAAAACCAAGACGUUUCAAGGCCCACCUUCCUUUCCGUACAUUCCAGGCGGCGAUGUGGCAGGAAUUGUCGUCGAAACAGCUCCCGAUGAAACUUAUUUCCAAAAAGGAGAUGUUGUGGCAGCCCGAUUCACAGUGGCACCUCGAGACGCCAUGGCGGAAUAUGCCCGGGUCAGUACUUCGGUUUGUGAAAAGGUGUCCGACACCAAGAAAAUUUCUCCCGCGGCGGCUGCCGCCUUGGCCAGCGCUUCACCGGCUGUCUGUGUCAGUGAUCAUAUCCGACCUAAUGAACGUGUUCUCAUCUUGGGUGCUGGGGGUGGAGUGGGAAGUCAUCUCUGCCAAUUGGCCCGUUACAAGGGAGCUUCCUAUGUUUGUGGUGUCUCACGGGACACGAAGCGCCUACUGGAAGCUCCUCUGAGUUGCGAUGAUGCCAUUGACUACACCAAAGAAAACAUUCUGGACUCUCCCACGUAUCAAAAGGAACCCUUUGAUACCAUUAUUGAUUUGGCUGCCGGAGGCACCUGGCUCCACUUGCUCGAAGGAGCUCGUCAGAACCGUCCCAGCAUUGUCAAACCGGCCAGUCAGGGAGGACGCUAUAUUACGAUUACCCCCGAUGCUCCUACAUUUGAAGGACGCUCUCUGUUUGCAUUGUUGUGGAUGUUCCUCUUCAAGCCCACAGGGCGGUGGCUGUGGAGUCGCUUGUUCAGCCGGAGAAAGAUGCCCACCUUUACCAGUGCCAUGGCCCUGCCGGACACCCGUGAGAUCAUGACUCGCACUCUCAAGUUGGCGGAGGAGGGCAAGCUCCAGGCCGUGAUUGACGGGCCGUAUCCUCUGACAACCGAAGGAGUUUGCAAGGCUUUUCGUACGUUGGAAAGUCGGCAUCCCAAAGGCAAAGUGGUGGUUCAAGUUGCCGACUUGGAAGAUUGA